CCCAUUUGCCUAUUCCUGUUGUUUUUUUCUUCGUCACUCUUCUCUUCUAUCUCUAUGGUGUAUGCUUCUGCUUCACACUAAGAGUUAGCGGGGUUGGCCUCACACUCACACAGUAAUGGGCUGUUGCCAAUCUCAUUUUCCCAAACAUUCCAAUCCUCAACACAACGACUCUCAUUAUCACCACAACUUUGCCUCUUCCUCCAACGGCGCUGAUAAUAAUGCCGGUGGCGACGUCCCGGCGUUCUCCGAGUUCUCAUUGGCAGACCUCAAAGCCGCCACCAACGGUUUCGCUUCCGACCUCAUCAUCUCGGAGAGCGGUGAGAAAGCCCCCAAUAUAGUCUUCAAAGGUCGCCUCCAGAACCAUAACCGUCGCUGGAUUGCCGUUAAGAGCUUUUCUAAAUUGGCAUGGCCUGAUCCCAAGCAAUUCGCUGAUGAAGCUUGGGGUGUUGGGCAAUUAAGACACCAGAGGCUUGUCAAUUUGAUUGGUUAUUGCUGUGAUGGGGAUGAGAGGCUCCUUGUUGCAGAUUACAUGCCCAAUGACACUCUCGCCAAACAUCUUUUCCACUGGGAAAAUCAGACAAUUGAGUGGAACAUGCGGUUAAGAGUUGCCCUAUCCAUCACCGAAGCAUUAGAUUAUUGUAGCAACAAAGGUUAUCCGUUGUACCAUGACUUGAAUGCUUACAGAGUUCUAUUUGAUGAGAAUGGUGAUCCGCGGCUUUCAUGUUUUGGUUUGAUCAAGAACAGCAGGGACGGGAAAAGUUAUAGCACAAAUCUUGCUUAUACGCCUCCUGAGUAUCUGAGAAAUGGGAGGGUGACUCCAGAAAGUGUUAUCUUCAGCUUUGGGACUGUGUUAUUGGAUCUUCUAAGUGGCAAGCACAUCCCUCCAGGCCAUAAUUAUGGUAAGCAAAAUGUAUAUCGUAUCCUGUUCAGUCCUGGAUAG